AUGUCUCGGGUUCUCCCUAAUCGCUUAAAUUGUUCUAGAUUGUGGUUGUCGGGACGAGACAAGACUUGUUUAAGUCUCAUUUCCUUUGUUCCCGUCCCUGGGAAUGAAUUUGAAGCUGCUAUCACCUACGCUACAUCGGUAUUAGCGUGGCCAUAUUGUGUGAUAGCUCACGCACUCCAUUUACUGGUCCUUCUUAUCGGCCCACCACCUACCCUUUUACUUCCUGACCCCCACUAUCCGAGCUUUCCGCUUGAUAUUCCGGCGCGGAUCCAUGCAGAAAUAAAUCUAUUGUCGUCUGUAGCUUCUUAUCCGACAUCGGACGGAAAGCUCGCUGAUUAUUCAGAAUAUCUUGAGAUGUCACUGGGUCUUAUGAUAACACAAAUAACGUGUUAA